AUGGCAGCCAAGAAAGACUUCGAGAUCGCCAUCGUCGGCGGCGGCAUCGCCGGCAUAACCCUGGCCAUCGCCCUCCUGAAACACAACAUCCCCGUGCAAGUCUACGAGCAGGGCCACGCUUUCUCAGAGAUCGGCGCCGGCGUGGCCUUCGGGCCCAACGCCGUGCGCGCCAUGGAUUACUGCGACCAGAGCGUCCGAUACGCUUUUGACGAGGUCGCCACGCGCAACCAGUGGGCGUCCAAGCAGACGGUGUACUUCGACUUCCUCGACGGCAUGGCGAAGACGAAGCCGAAGGUCGACAGGGACAUCCUCUUCACCCUCGAGAACCAGGUCGGCGCUAAUUCGGUGCACCGCGCCGACUUCAUGGAGCAGAUGGCCAAACUCGUCCCGAAGGACCUGGCCCACUUCCGGAAGCGCCUCGAGGACGUGACCGAGGACGCCGGUACGGGACGGCUGAGAAUGAAAUUUACCGACGGGACGACCGCCGAGGCGGACGCGGUCAUCGGCUGUGACGGCAUCAAGUCGCGCACGAGGCAGCUCAUUGUAGGCGAGGACCAUCCUUCUGCAAAGCCGCAUUACUCGCAAAAAUACGCAUACCGCGCCGUCAUGCCGAUGCAGCGCGCCAUCGAGGCCGUCGGCGGGGAGAGAGCCGAGAACGCCUGUCUAUGGAUGGGCGAGAAAGCUCACGUCCUGACCUUCCCCAUCAACCACGGAAAGACAUUCAACCUGGUAGCCAUCGUCACGGACGACAAGGAAUGGCCUGACGUCACCCACCUCACGCUCCCAGCGCACAAGGACGAGGCCCUCAAGGACUACAGCCACUUCGGGGACUCCGUCCUCAAGAACCUCGAGAUGGUGGACGACAACGUUGACAGGUGGGCACUCUUCGACACCUGCGACCACCCGGUCCCCACCUUCUACAAAGGCCGCCUCUGCAUCUCGGGCGACGCCGCGCACGCCACGACGCCGCACCACGGCGCCGGCGCGGGGUUCUGCAUCGAGGACUCGGCCGUCCUCACCCACCUGCUCACCGACGAGCGGGUGACAGCCCCCGGCGACCUGGAGUCCGUCUUCGCCGCCUUCAACGCCAACCGCAAGGAGCGGGACCAGUGGCUCGUGGCGGACAGCCGAAGGACGGGCGAGAUCUACGAGUUCAACACCGAGGAUCCCGGGAAGGACCUGACCAAGAUCGAGAAGGAGCUGCGCGAGAGCUUCGGCAAGGUCUGGGACUAUGAUCUUGAGACGGCGCUGGAGACGGCUAGGGAGGACCUUGGCUCUCGGCUGGGCAAGAAGUAG